UCUCACGUGAAAAUGAAGUCGGCAAUGCGUCACAAUCUAAAGUGGAUUUUGUAUGGUAUAAAAGCGGUUUAUGCUGGUCGAGUAUCAAUCUGGAGUUGCCUCUACCAACAUGGAUCGUUUCCAGCGACUGAUUGCUUUGUGUUUCAUCAUCGGUGCUUCGCACGGAUUCCGACAUUACCAAGACACCAUUCCAAACGGGGACUCGGUACCACAUCCCUGCAAGAACAACUUCUUAUGGCGGGGGGUGGGCCACAAGAAUCCCCAGGGUGGGGGAAACAGGAAUCCAUUUGGUCUCGAUUUCCAGCAGGUGAAACAGUGGACUGAGGAACUAUGCCAGAAGGACUCCGACGGAGAUGGACUGACCAAUGGUCAAGAGUUAGGAGAUCCUGAAUGUGUGUGGCAUCCCGGUCAGUUCCCUCAGAUGACCAACAACAUAACGCAUCCAGGUAUCUGUGACCCCUGGGGGAGUCCUAAAUGCACGGCCAAGAACGACUGGGUGUCUUGUACAGCUGGCGAGUUUGUAUGCAACGCCACAAAAGCUCCUGAGGUGAAGAGCUUCACUCUGAGAUAUCCACCAACACGGGUGCCUCCGACUGAGACCAACUACUAUUGCAUGCCCUUCGACGUCAGCAAGUACAUCGACAUGUCACAGGACUACCACCUGAUUGCAACUAAGCCAGAAAUCAACAACACCAACGUCAUGCACCACAUUGUCUUGUUUGGAUGCAACGACGAUGCUGACCUAACAGACCAUCCCACACCUUGUUACAUGUCCCAGAAAGGAUGUUCAGAGUUUCUUGGGCUCUGGACCCUGGGGCUUGAUGGAAUAUGUGAAUAUGAAGAGGCUGGAUAUCGCAUAGGUCGUAGUGGCAGCAGGAAGAUGGUGAUGCAGUUUCAUUGGACAAACCCUGAGUUGAGAAGUGACUAUGUUGACAGUUCUGGUAUGACCAUAUAUUACACGCCAAAACUGAGAAAGUACGAUGCCGGAUUCUUAGUUACCGGCCAACAGUAUCUGGAGAUUCCACCAGGUGCUAAGCGGUCCACGUUUGAGUCGACAUGCACAGAAGAGUGCACCAACAAAUUAAUGAAGGGAAAUAUCUACAUAACAUCUGGUCUCAGCCAUAUGCAUUAUCUAGGAUACGACGAGCAGGUCGAGUUGUUCCGCAAUGGUCAAACGAUGACUAAAGUUAUCGACGACCCCAAGUAUUCCUAUGACACCCCCCAGUUGAAAAUGUAUUCCACCCCGAUUGAGAUGAGACAGGGUGACAGUUUGAAGACGACGUGCGUCUACAGGUCUGUGUCCAAUACUCGAACAACCUUGUUUGGGGAAGGCUCAUACGAAGAGAUGUGCUAUGGACUCUUCUCCUUCUUCCCCAAGGAAAACAUGACCGGAAGUUGCGUCACAUGGAAGAAUGUGGAUCUCUGUAAAUUCAGGGAUAAAACUAUUGACGGAUGUGACAACGAAAUGUUUGGAAACCUAUCCAGUCCUGAAAUGCGAUUGAUCGUGAAUGAGGUGAUGGGAAGCUGCAACCACUACGGCCCCUGCAGACCGGAAUGUCCAGCUGUUCUUGCCCGACUCAACAAACAUCCUUGUCUGCAGGGCCAACUGGGGGAGUUCCUGCUUCAUAGCUUCGCUAACGGGCGCGAUUCCGAUAAGAUUAAGUUUGCACAUGCGCUGAGGUCAUGUGACAUGGGAGCUGACCCAGCUGAUGCGACGUAUCCGAUAUCAGCUGCACGUGCAGCAUCUUCCGUUGUCCCUGGCAUGGUUGUAGCAGCCGUACUUGCUUUAGGUCUGUAAGUCUGUCAUUGCGUUGAUGCCGAUAUUCUGGGAUCAUUCUCAGCACUUUUUGACGGGUGUUUCCUAUGAUGGAGCCUCGAUGAAUGCUUCAUUUUACAGUCAUAUUUCUUUGAUAUGCUACACAUAAUAGUACACAUAUUCAUAU